GGAGACAGUCGGGCACGACGUCGCAGCGAGGCUGGGUGGUGGCCCAGUCUCCCUCCCACCUCCAAGCCAAGAGCCAGCUCUUUCCACAGAGGAGGGUUGAGAUGCCUCCACUGUCCUUCUACCAGCAAGUCCAGGUCAUGGGUACUGGUCCAGAGAGUAAGUGAGGUCAUCUCUGGAAUGCUGUCGGCCCCUCUUCCUCCUCCCCCUCCUGUGCUACUUCUCCAACUGGCAGGUGUGCGUCUGUUCCUUUGACAGAGCAGGACGGCAGGAUCCUGGCCACCAGAUGUGCAAGGGUGCAAGUGGGUGCCUCUUUCUCUCUCUCUCUGUGUGUGUGUGUGUGUGAAAGAGAGAGAGAGAGAGGAUGCAGGUGUCACAUUUUUAACAUGUGCCUGCAUCUGACUGUGUGCACCUGUGUGCGCCUGUGAGCCUGUGCUGCGUGUCCUCACAGCUCCCUCAGCCCUUCCCCCGCAUCUAAGCAGACAGACUGACCUUGAGGAGGCCACAGACCCAGCAGUGCCGCCAUGGCCGCCGCUGCCUCCGUGACCAGCCUGGCUGAUGAGGUCAACUGCCCCAUCUGCCAAGGCACCCUGAAGGAGCCGGUCACCAUCGACUGCGGCCACAACUUCUGCCGCGGCUGUCUCACCCGCUACUGCGAGGUCCCGGGCCCCGAAUCCGAGGAGCCCCUCUCCUGCCCGCUCUGCAAAGAGCCGUUCCGGCCGGGGAGCUUCCGGCCCAACUGGCAGCUGGCCAGCGUGGUGGAGAACAUUGAACGCCUCUCGCUGGCGUCGGCGCUGGGCACAGAGGAGGAGCAUGUCUGUCAGGAGCACGGGGAGAAGAUCUACUUCUUCUGCGAGGAGGACGAGGCGCAGUUGUGCGUGGUGUGCCGCGAGGCCGGGGAGCACAGGGCACACACUGUGCGCUUCCUGGAGGACGCCGCGGGCCCCUACAGGGAACAAAUACAGAAGUGUCUCAAGUGUCUGAGAAGAGAGAGAGAGGAAAUUCAGGAAGUCCAGUCAAGAGAGAAUGAAAGAAUGCAAGUCCUCCUGACUCAGGUGGCCACCAAGAGACAGCAGGUGAUUUCCGAGUUUGUGCAUCUGCGCCAGUUCCUGGAGGAGCAGCAGAGAAUCCUCUUAGCGCAGCUGGAGGGGCUGGAUGGGGACAUCCUGAAGCAACAGGAGGAGUUCGAUUUCCUGGUCACUGGGGAGAUCUGCCGGUUCAGUGCCCUGAUCGAAGAGCUGGAGGAGAAGAACGCGAGGCCAGCGAGGGAGCUGCUGACGGAUAUCAGAAGCACACUACUAAGGUGUGAAACCAGAAAGUGCCGGAAACCAGAGGCUGUAUCCCCUGAGCUGGGCCAGAGGAUUCGGGACUUCCCGCAGCAGACUGCCCCACUGCAGAGAGAGAUGAAGAUGUUCCUGGAAAAACUCUGCUUUGAGUUGGACUAUGAGCCAGCUCACCUAGCUCUGGACCCCCUGACGUCCCACCCCAAGCUCCUCUUGUCCGAGGACCACCAGCAAGCUCGGUUCUCUUACAAGUGGCAGAACUCGCCAGACAACCUCCAACGUUUCGACCGGGCCACCUGUGUCCUGGCCCGAGAUGGCUUCACAGGGGGAAGACACACGUGGGUGGUGAGUGUAGACUUGGCCCACGGGGGCAGCUGUACCGUGGGCGUGGUGAGUGAGGGUGUGCAGAGAAAGGGAGAGCUCCGCCUGCGGCCAGAGGAGGGGGUGUGGGCAGUGAGGCUGGCCUGGGGCUUCGUCUCGGCUCUGGGCUCCUUCCCCACACGACUGGCCCUGAAGGGGCAGCCCCGGCAGGUGCGGGUGUCUCUCGACUACGAGGUGGGCUGGGUGACCUUCGCCAAUGCUGUCACCCAGGAACACAUCUACACCUUCACUGCCUCCUUCGCUCGGAAGAUCUUUCCCUUUUUUGGGCUCUGGGGCCGAGGGUCCAGCUUCUCCCUGAGCUCUUGAGAGGGUACAGUUGGUCUCCUCUAAGUACAGGAUUCACAUCAAGUACAGUGUGCACCUGACCCCUGCCUGGUUCUCCUGGAAGACCUGAAGUAGAAAUGACUGCUUCAGAUGAUGGGAUGGAGUCCAUUCGUAAGGGACAAGGUGGGAUGACCCUCAGCCUGUUCAUCACGUCCGUUCGCCAAUGCCCAGUGGACGGACAGAAUACCUGGGGACUCAGGCUGCUGCCAGCUCUCGACAACACCACCCCCAACAGGCACAGAAGUAGAUGUGUGGAGGAAAGAGGACUAGAUUUGGAGCCAGAAGAUCUGUAUUCCACACGUACCCUUGGGGCCAGUGCUGUAGUGUAGUAGGUUAAGCUUCUGCCUGCGACACUGAUGCUGGCAUCCCAUAUGGUUGCUGGUUGGAGUUCCAGCUGCUCCACUUCUGAUCCAGCUCCCUGUUGAUGGCCUGGGAAAACAGUGGAAGAUGGCCCAAGUGUUUGGACUCCUGCACCUAUGUGGGAGACCUGGAAGAAGCUCCUGGCUCCUGGCUUUGGAUUGGCCCAGCUCCGGCCACUGUGGCCAUCUGGGGAGUAAACCAGCGGAUGGAAGACCUAUUUGUCUCUUCCUUUCUCUGUCUGUAACUCUGCUUCUCAAAUAAAUAAAUAAAUCUUUUAAAAAA